AUGUUGACUGCCAUGAGCUUCGGGACCAAGAUCUUCCAGCCGAAGCCCCCAGACAAGGGCAGCUUCCCGCUGGAUCACUUUGGUGAAUGUAAAGGCUUUAAAAAGAAAUUCAUGAAGUGUCUCCAUGACAAUAAUUUUGAGAAUGCUCAGAAAUGUUGCAUGAAAUUUGUUUUAUGCAGAAAUGAAUCAAAAGAAUAUUUAGAACGCAGAAUGGAAAGGCAGCUGAUGGCUCGAGAACCUCUGGGAAAACUGGGAUUUGGAGAUUUGGUAAACAGACAGUCAGAGGCUAAGAGUAAAUUGUGAUGGGGG